GCGGGAUUUCGAUGGUUGUGCUGUCACACAUCGGUAGACACUUCGGUUCUGGCUGAUGAUGUUUAAAAGUCUAAAUAAAACAUUUUUGCGUAUAUUAAGCCAAUACAAGUAAGAAGCAAAGUUUAUCAUACAUAAUUGACUACGUCGGUGAUAGCUUAACUAACAGCAUAAAUUUGAUUGUUAGCCGAAAAAUGAGUGCGUGGGAAAGUGCCAAGUUAACAUACUUAUCUAUGCCACUUGAGGAUAGACGUAAAGAGUACAAAUGUGGUGAUAGUUUCAAAACCAUCGACGACUUACCGCAAUGGAAUUCAUAUGCCCGGUCUUAUGAGGCUAAAAAACUGGGAGUAUGUCUCGACAAGGACCGUAGUAAUUUCGCUACAGAUGAUGAGUUAAACAAAAAGAUAUCGGUAUUCGUCGGUGACAUAACAAGUCUUGAAAUCGAUGCAAUUGUUAAUGCUGCUAAUAGUUCUUUAGCUGGUGGUGGUGGUGUUGAUGGUGCCAUUCAUACAGCGGCUGGUAGAUUAUUGCUCCAAGGAGAGUGCAGAGCUUUGAAAGGAUGUGAAAUUGGGAACGCUAAAUUAACGGGCGGUUACAAACUGCCAGCAAAAUAUAUAAUACACUCGGUUGGACCUAUAGGAGAAAAGCCUGACGUUUUGCACAGUUGUUACGAAAAAUCAUUGGAUUUAUUGAAAGAGAACAAAAUGGAAACCAUUGCCUUCCCGUGUAUAUCGACAGGAAUUUAUGGGUAUCCGAAUGAGGAGGCAGCCAAUGUUGCUUUGAAGGCCGUUCGAGAGUGGCUCGACAAUGACGAAUACAAACAGAACGUUAGACGAAUCAUAUUUUGUCUGUUUCUAGAUGUUGAUAUUGAAAUCUAUCACAAAUUGUUGCCAUUGUACUUUCCACUUUCCAGUGAUGAAUAAAUUGUCUGUGUACCAAUGACCAAUUACGCAAA